AUGGCUUUCAUAGCCACAGCACUCACCGCAUUAAGCAGCCCCGUCGCUGCCAGUACCCCCUGGGCUGGAACCGGCUACCCUCCUUGCGACGCCCUCAUCACAGCUGGCCUCGGCAACAGAGUGGUCCUCCCAUCCCACGCAUCCUAUGAACCCCGAAUCCAGAGCUACUGGGCCCUGAACACCCGACGACACCCCUACUGCCUUGUGCAACCCCACACUGCACAAGAAGUCUCGACCGUCUUGACAACACUUCUGGGACCAAACGAAAAUGGCAAUGCCCCGAACCAAAUCGACGGCGCAGGGGACUGGCACGUCGCCAUCCGCGCAGGCGGGCAUAACCUCGGCGACUCGAAUAACAUCGCCAACGGCGUGACAAUCGACCUGGCGUAUCUAAACGGGACGUCCUACAACGCUGGCACAAAUAUUGCCAGUAUCGGGCCCGGCGCGAAAUGGGAGGAUGUGUAUGCCUCGCUGCAUAAAUACGGGGUUGUUGCCACAGGAGGGCGCGAUGGCGAUGUUGGUGUUGGCGGGUUCUUGCUUGGGGGCGGAUCGACUUAUUACAUGGCGAAGGAAGGGUUUGGAUGUGAUUCCAUUGCGAACUUCGAGGUUGUGCUUGCGAAUGGGACGAUCGUUCAUGCGAACAAGAAUGAGAAUGAGGAUCUGUGGAGGGCGUUGAAGGGGGGUGGGAGUAACUUUGGGGUUGUCACUAGGUAUGAUAUGGAGGCGCUGCCGGAUAAGAAACUUGUCAGGGGCCAGAGGAGUAUAAGUGCGAAGUAUACGGGGCAGUUUGUCGAUGCGGUUGUCGACUUUACGGACAAGCAGGAGAAGUUUGAUGAUGAUGCGCUGAUUGCGAUUCUGGCGCAUGUCGAGGGCGAGGAUAUCCUGGCUACGAUCGAGGUUAACACUGAGGGUGUGCAGAACAGCACUGGCUUUGACAAGUUCACGAAGAUUCCCCAGAUAAAGCCAUUCGAGCAGAACGUUGGCUAUCUGUAUGAAGCUGCUCGGAACUCGACUCUCCCUGGGGAUGCAUGGGCCCUGCAAACAACCCUAACAUUCAAGAACGACGCAAAGAUGCUCAACUACGCCGCAUCAGCACACAGAGAAUUCGCCGCUGACGUGCAAAAGGCCAUCGGGAAGGAAAGCUUCUACAGCAUUACCUUCUUCCAGCCCCUGCCCUCUUUCUUCGCAGAUAUCAGCGAGAAGCGAGGCGGCAACAUGUUCGCGGAUACCUUGAAAGACGGAAAUGCCGUGCUCUGGACUGGCGGGAUAUUCGUCAACACCAACCAGUCUGACUUUGCAGUUGCGUCUGCUCGCAUGCAUGAGCUGGUUGCGGAGCUGGAGCAGUAUUCCCAGAGUAUUGGUGCGGACAACCAGUUGAGGUAUCUGAACUAUGCGGAUUUCUCGCAGGAUCCGCUGGGGAGUUAUCCUGAGGAGAGUGUUGAGCAUAUGCACAAGGUUGCGGCGAAAUAUGACCCCGAGGGGAAGUUCCAGGCAAGGAUUCCCGGGGGAUUCAAGAUAUCGAGGGUGCAAUAG